UCACUUCUCCGUCACUUCACUCACUCAUUUACUUCACUCACUCAUUCAGAGUCUGUCCUGUCCGUCAGACUGAAGCGGACACGCGCAAAGCGGACACGCGCAAACAAGGGACACGCGCAAAGCGGACACGCGGAGUCGCAUCGGUUCUACUAAAGCCGCUCAUCCUCUCUUUAUAGACUGUCGCGGAGUUGUAAAAGAGUCUCUCCGUGGAGGAGUGUGUGUGUGUGUGUGUGUGUGUGUGUGUGUGUGUGUGUGUCCGACAGUCUGGAGGAGUAACAGAAGAGCGCUAAUCCGUUUCAUAAAAGUUUCAUAAACUUUCAAACACAAGGCGAAAGGAAGGAAAUAAAGUUCAUAUCAGAUAAUAAAUUAGGAAAAUGAUGCGGCGGGAAGUCCAUCAGGCUCAAGUCGUGCUGCUGUUGGCCGCCGCUGUGGGGUGUGUUCAGGUGCAGGACCACGCGCUGAUGUUGUCCAAUGAGAGGAGCACGAUAGAGAGAACGUACGAGCUGACCAAAUACCUGAACCACCAGCUGAAGGAAAUUAAAGACACUUACCUCUCGUAUCUCGGUCCUCCAUUCAGUGAUCCAGGAUUCUCCCCACCAAGGCCCAACAUCUCGUCCCUGGCGGUUCCCAGCGCAGCCACGCGGGAAGACCUGUGGCGUGGUCUCGAGAACGGCGUCCGUCUGGCACAGAACCAGAGAGCCUACAGCGUGCUGCUGUGUGCUGUGCGUGAGCUGGCGCGCUCCACCUUGUGCCCAUACCUCCAAAGCUCGCUCCUUCACUUCUGCUCCGGCCUCAGCGGACUCCUGGGCUCCAUCUCAGGGCUGAUGAACGCCCUGGGCCACACCCCGCCCCUUCACGGCAACGCAAUGCCUUCUCAGAAAUAUACACCGCUGUUGUCCUCUGCGUAUCAGCGGGAGAACGGGAACGGGCCGGCCCCUUUGAGGAACCACGCGUCUCGGGUUCAGAGCGGCCUGGGAGGAACGAGGGACGCUACGGCUGGGUAUGAAACCGACAGGAAGAGGGAUAGAGAAAGGGAGAGGGCUGAACGAGGGAGGAGAGGGAGGCGGAGAGAGGGGGAGAGCUGGACGGAGAGAGAGGACGAGGAGCGGGAAGAAGGUCUGGAGAAGUGGAAGAGGAGGAGAAGACUGCUGACUGUUGAAGAUGAGGACGACGGUAAACAAACAAGCCACAGCUUCGAUCCAAACAGCAACAACAAUAACAACAUGAACAACACCCACACAAGUUCCAAGCACUAUUUCAGCAAAUAUGGCAAAGGCAAACACUAUAACAUCAACAGCACAGACAGCGAUGCCCGGCUUCCUACGGAAACGGAGAUAGAACGAAGGAUAAGCAGAGACGAAGAGGCGGACGAGUUCCAAGAGGAUGUUCCUGUCCUCUUUUCCUCUCCGUCCCUCCAUUCCGGGCGCUCUGGACGCCCCAUAUCCUCUCCCCACCCACCGCUCUCUCCCCUCUCCCUCCUUUACGCGUACGAAGACGGGGUCACCGAGGUCGACUCGCACUUGAGCAUGGCCGCUCCCUCGCCGCGCCCUGCCCUCAACGACUUCACGCGGAAAGUGGAGGGAUUCUGGGUACUCAGAGAGCUGCAGAGUUGGCUGUUUAGAUCAGCCAAGGACUUCACCAGACUGAAGAAGCGACUCCGUGUCUGAGCGUCUGACUCAGUGUAUGUGUGUAAGUCUGUGUGAGUGAGUGAAAGCUUUUGGAUAAAGGAACUGAAAAGGACUCACACUUUGCACUUGUAUGGGGGGAAAAAAAAGCAAACUCACCCGGACAAAAUAAAUGACGACAGAAGAAGAGACAGAGUGGCUUUUCAGAGUGAGCGGCGAGUCAGCAGCUUAAGGAACGUGAAUCACAUUUCCGUCUUUUUGAGAUGGACAAAAGGAAGACGUGAAGUAGAAAUAAAGGGCAGAGAAGUGUCUGCUUUCUCAUAAACUGACUCAGCACACAGUGACUCGUGAUUACUGGGCGCUUUUAUGCUCACACACUGUCACACUUCUCAUAACGGGCUGUGUCAUGCGUCUUUCUAACCACUACAGUAAGUGAGUGUCCACUUACUGCCAUAUUGGGCCUUUUUCCACUGCAAGCGUCUGAACCUUUGACACCGGAAAGCAAUAAAAGUGGGUUUUUUUUUGUUUUUUUUCCCAUUGACCACUACGCAAGAUUGGUACCAAGAAUAGAGUCGGGUUAUAAUGUAUACACAGAAUAACCCAGCACAUUAAAGAACACACAAUAGUCUAAUUUGAUCCAUAAAUCUUUCUAUGAAGGGCAUAUAUAUAUAUAUAUAUAUAUAUAUAUAUAUAUAUAUAUAUAUGUCUGUAUAUAUAUACAUAUUUAUUUAUUAAUUGUUAUUAGAAUCCAAAGAAGUUUUCGUACUGCGUUAUGUUUAGUCUAAUUUUUUUUCACAAGCAACAUUUACACUAGCAAAAAAUAAAUUUUGUUUUUAAAAAAAAAAAAAAAAAAUCAAAAGCAUUUCCAAUAUUUCAUUUCCCUCAAUACAUAGAUACAAAGCACUAAAGAAAAUGUGGGCCUUUUUCUUUGGUAUUAGCGUUAAAUUAUUAUAGCCAUACCUUACGAAUGCAUUAUAACAUGUAUUCAAAGUUCAUAAAUAUACAUUAUAAAUAUGACCUAUAUAGAGAAUUACACACUAAACGAUACCACUGCGUGUUACUGGUCUUCACAGAAAUCUUGCAUGACAUGAUCGACAUGUUAUACUGUAUUUCGCACAUUUAAAGCAAAAUUUCAAGCUAUUUAUCUUUUUACAAACGAACCCCCCCAUUGGUGAAAUGCACCUUCACAUGUCCCCUCCCCUCCCCACAUAUAAUUACAUAUCACUCACAUAAUCACAUAUGGAAAAACUUUGGAUCCUGUGCAGUCCCCCCACCACCACCACCACCCCCCGCACCCCCCCCCUUCAAAAAGGGAAGCUUUAUCACACACCUUUCAUCCGGAAUGCAAAUCUUUGUGUGUCUUUAAUACUUAUUUAAGCCUCAUAAUAGAACCGUAAAAAAAAAAUGGCAGGUGUGAACGAAUUUUUAAAAGAUACCACAUAGAUGGAGGACACAUAAUAAAGGUACAGAAGACAAGCAGCGACAGGCAACGGUACGGUUUAGUACCAUUUUGUUCCUGAGAGUGUUGUCGCUGGUGCGAGCCUCAAUAGCAACAUUGUGCUGUUUUAUUUCUCCUUUUAUCCCCCCCCCCCCCCCCCCCAAAAAAAAAAAAAACAACACAAAAAAAAAACGUGUCAGCACAGUGCAUUUACAGUUUAAACGAACAGAAACGCUUUCAUUUUUACAGCAGGUCAGAUGCCAACUUUGGGGCGGGUAUUUGUAGGUCAAUGGACGUCUUUACAAUUCUGUUUUCUGCCUGCUGAAAUGUGAAUAUGUGCGGAUUUUGAAAAAUAUAUAUAUUAAAAAGCCUUUCGUCACCGAGACAUUCGAUCAGUAAUUUUGCUGGUGAACUAAAUGUUUGAUCAGACAAUGGAAAAAUAAUGUAAAUCCAAACUGUUCUUCCAUUUUCGACUUGUGUUUUUACGUUUUCUUUGACGUUUUUUUUGCUUUUUUACUACUACAGUCACUUUUAUUGUCAUCACUGUAACAUUAUGUUCUGUAAAAACUCCUUUUUUUUUUACUAGAACCUCAGGUUCUCUUGGAUCAUGUUGAGUUUUUAUGAUAUGCAGUGGAAAAAGGUCCAUUGUUGGUGUUCAUAAGUGCUUUGUGUUAGUGUGUGUGUGUGUGUGUGUGUGUGUGUGUGUGUGUGUGUGCCGCACUGAGGUUAAGGUGGUGCUAAAAGGAAGCACAUUCACAAAUGGACCAGGAAUCCUUUUUCACAUGCAAAGCGACAUUGCUUUAUAUUUGUAUAUUUCGAUAUUGUUUUUUUUUAUUAUUAUUUUUAAUAUUCUGUAAUAUUUAUUAAAGGGUUUAUUUAUUAUUCGUUGGUACUAUUUGAUGAAAUGAAAUGGAGUGUCUUGAUUAAAUCCUGGUUUGGAA